GUCCGUCCACACACACCCACACACACACACCGUGCGGCUGUCAACCACAACACACUUAUGCAGCACACCCACUCUCUAGUCGUCUCUCUCUCUCUCGGUCCGUCCCGUCUGCAUCACUCACACAUCGAAGAGGUAAUCCAGCAGCCAGGGCAGGAAGCCCGUCACCUGCAGCCAACAAGGCGCACGCAUCCACGAACACAUCACAUCAUACGCCUGGAUGCUACGCCUCUUGUGUGGCUCAAGCUGACCUUCUUUGGCGCUGGGGGCUUGGCCAGUGCGUCGCUCGCACUGAUCGAGGCGGCACCAAGCACACCGUUGGACAAACUGAGGCAGAUGGAGGGAUGGACGGACGGACGUGAGCCAGUGCAGGCGUGACGAUUGUGGUGUGUUCUGUGUUGGGUCACUUGGUUUGUACGGCUGGAGCCUUCGACGCAAAGCGGCUCGGCGAACCGAAAUAGUUGCCCUGCCAUCCACAACACAUCAUCACACCACACUGAUUCAAAUUCUUCGCCCGGUAUACUUACGUCUUGCCGGCCCUUGAGGACGCCGACGAAGGUCCCCCGCGCCACUAACUGGCCGUUGAACUGACAACUAACGCACACACACACACACCACAGAGGACGGUUGUCACUCACAGAGUCGUCCUUUGAUCACUCUAUGCUGUGCUGUGGUGUGGCGUGCCGACCACUGCUCGGCUAAUCGGGGGUUGCGGAACCUAUGAAACCAAACAGACCACAACACACAGCGCACGCGAUGGUCGAUGGAUGCGAUGCAUCUGUCUGCUGACAUGUGGGUGGGUCGGGUGCUAUGCUAUGUCACUGACUUGAUCCAGACAUAGUUGCAGUCGCCCGCCGGCAUCUCCGUGACCUCUAUGGUGCCACACACCUGCUCCAAGCUGCUCCUGACAAGAGCCCACCCCGCCGGAAAGACACCAUAUACCGUCACCCAGCAGUCCUCCGUGCCCCCAAUACCACCGCCAACGCCACCACCACCAGCAGCUCCCUCCCCCCUGCUGGCAGACGCCGCCUUGUUCACUGUGGGGGGCGUCACAGGCGGCGGCACGGACGGCGUCACGUACAGCGGCGGUGUGUGUGUGUGAGCAGGGGGGGAGGGGGGGAUGGCAGGGCCGCUGGCGAAUGGCGAGCGGGACGAUGUGUGGGAGGUGGUGAGCCUGCCUGUGACGGGGUCUGCGAAUGGCCGCUGGGCUGAUUCGGGGUAGCCGAGCCCGGGAGUCGGCUGCGGCACGGCGGCGAAGGAACCACCAAACGCCGGCGUCCCAGGCUGGUAUGGUGGGGACAACUGUGUGAUGGAACACAACACAGAGAUGGAUGGACGGACGGAUGUCUAAUUCCCGACCGAUGCAUCUCUCCCGUUCGUUCCCUGCUUACGUUGGGCGCUGAGUGCGGCGGUGUGACGGGCGCGUGAGACCAAAACCGGGGAAUGUCAUCCUCCUCGGCCAUCGGUCUCACAAAGGUGCUAUGAGUCGCUGGGCACACACAGUAAUCACAGAUCUGCGUCAGCCGAUACUUGCCCGUAGCAAUGGAGUCCACUAAUCAAC